CACACACACACACAACCAGGAAGUUUCAGAGAAAUCAAAAGAGAUCUCUCUCUCUUUCUCUGAGAUCAGGAAAAUGGCUGAGGCGAGUAUUUCAGUAGAUCAGAAUCAGUUCAUCUGUCCAGUGUGUCUGGAUCUCCUGAAGGAUCCGGUGUCUCUCCCCUGUGGUCACAGUUUCUGUAAGGUGUGUAUUAAUGACUGCUGGGAUCAGGAGGAUCAGAGCGGAGUUUACAGCUGUCCUCAGUGCAGAGACACUUUCACCCCAAGGCCUGUUCUACGCAGAAACAACAUUUUGGCUGAAGUGGUGGAGAAACUGAAGAAGACUGAAGUCCAAGCUGCUUCUCCUGCUCACUGUUACGCUGGACCUGGAGAUGUGGAGUGUGAUAUCUGCACCGGGAGAAAACACAAAGCCGUCAAGUCCUGUCUGGUGUGUGUGGCUUCAUUUUGUGAAACUCAUCUCAAACCUCAUCUUGAAAGUCCUGCUUUGAAAAAACACACAUUAAUUGAAGCCUCUGGAAAUCUACAAGAGAAGAUCUGCUCUGAACACGAUGAAGUUCUGAAGAUCUUCUGUCGUACUGAUCAGAGAUGUAUUUGCUCUUUGUGCCUGUUGGAUAAACAUAAAGGCCACGACGCUGUAUCAGUUGCAGCAGGAAGAGCUGAGAAACAGAGUGAGUUAAAGGAGGAACAGAUGAAAUUCCAGCAGAGACUCCAGGAGAAGCAGAAGAAGGUGCAGGAGCUGAAACAGGCUGUGAACACUAUAAAGCUCAGUACACAGACAGCAGUGGAGGACAAUGAGAGGAUCUUUACUGAGCUGAUCAGCUCCAUGGAGAAAAAGCGCUCUGAGGUGACGGAGAUGAUCAGAGCUCAGGAGAAGACUGAACUGAGUCGAGCUGAACGACUCCUGGAGCAACUGGAGCAGGAGAUUGAUGAUCUUCAGAGGAGAGUCACUGAGAUGGAGAAGCUUUCACACACACACAAUCAUAUCCAUUUCCUCCAGUCUCUCUCUGUCCUACCUGAACGUGAUGACUCAUCCAGCAUCUCUGUCCAUCAACGUCUCUCAUUUGACGGAGUGAGGAAUUAUCUCUCGCACAUAAAAAAGCAAUUCUUCAACAAAAUCCCUUCAUAUGCGGUGUGGAUGAAUUUACCUUCAGAGCCGAGGACUCGAGAAGAUUUUCUAGAAAAUUUCUGUUACCUGAGUCUGGAUCCCAACACGGCACACGGUUACCUCCGUCUGUGUGAGAAUGACCGAGCGGUGAGACGCAGUAAGAAAGACAAACCGUACCCUCGUCACCCUGACAGGUUUAACUCCAGCGCUCAGGUGUUGAGUAAGGAGAGUGUAUGUGGACGCAGUUACUGGGAGGUGGAGUGGAGCGGUGAUGGAUGUGUGUACAUCUCAGUCUCAUAUAAAGGGGUCAAUAAAAAAGAGGAAUCCAGACGCACUGUGUUCGGAUACAACGAUGAGUCCUGGAGUCUGGUGUGUUCUCGGCAUCCUCUCAUGUUCUAUCACAACAACAUUAAGACCGAGUUCGGUGUUCCUUCUCCGUCCAGAAUAGGAGUGUAUGUGGAUCACAGUGCAGGAACUCUGUCCUUCUACAGCGUCUCUGACACCAUGAAGCUCCUCCACAGAGUCCACACCACAUUCAGUCAGCCUCUAUACCCUGGGUUCACUGUGUGGACUCCUGAAACUCUUGUCAGGUUUGCAGAUCCACUGGUGACAAACCAACCCAUUGUAUAGUAACGGCUCAGGAGUGUUUCUUACAGGGGUUACACCUGGAAUACUGGAGAACGGAGAGCUCCAACAUCAUGAUUCAGGGGGAAAUCAUUCAAUUUGUAAUAUAAUAAGUAUGAUACAAUAUCAACAAUAUUUAUUCAAGACAAACCGUCAGACUAAAGUGAAUUUUUCCAGCAAAAAGGUUGAAAACGGUUCGGUUUCUGGUGGCGUCAAGUGUCCUUUAGAGCCCUCUAGCGGUCAGAAAGUAUAAAGCAGUACGUUUAAAUGAUGGUUAUUUAUAAAAAUUAUAAUAAAUCAGGAUAUUUUGGGGGAUUUUCUGAAGAAAUUAAUAAGUGAACUAUGUGUGAAACUUCGCUUUGUUUUCAUUUUUUUUACGCUAAAAUCGUAUUUUAAUUUUAACCCACCUUCAGAGACGAAGAUGCACACACACACACACACACACACACACACACACACACACACACACACACACUACUGCUGAAUUCUGAUUGGUCAUGAGGUGUUCAGUUUAUGAAUAUGUUAAAUAUAUUCUAAUCAUGUUCCUUCCUGAAGUUUGUCCUCAAACUCCACCAUGUGAUCUCUCUCUCUCUCUCUCUCUGUCUCUCUCUCUCUCUGAAUAUAAAGUGUGAAUCCGAAUAACUUAAUCACAUUUUUUUUUUAAUUCUGCAUAUUUACUGCUAAUGUCACACAAAUGCAUAAUGUCAAGCAACAUCACAUCACUCUAACACUGGACCUUCAUGCCUCUUCCUGUUUUAUCCCAUACAUGAUGCAUCACCAAUAAGCUGUUGUUAUGGCUAGAUGAAGAUUAUUUGCUUAUUAACUGACUGAUGAAUCUAAAACUGAAACUGGUAGAUGAAUAUAUAUGAAAGAAGUGAUCUUAUCUCUUAUAUAAAAUCCCUAAUGUGUCUUUAGCUGAGUUUCUUCUGUUCUAAAUGUUCUUCUAUACUGAAUUUAUUACUGUUUAUUACUGAUUUAAUGAGUUUUUCAGGUAACAAGACAUCAUCUGAUCAUUUCCUUUUUGAAAAUUUACCAGUUUCUUAUCUGACAGUUAAUUUU